UGACCAAUACGAGCACUGAAUCCAAAACUCUACAAACUAUGCUUGCAAAGUUGAAGCAGCUCUCAACAAACAUCAAUCAAACACAUCCUCUUCGAUGUAUGCCUCUUCUAAAUCAUCUUUUCUCAACACCCAUCAUUUGUUUUUACAAUUUCAACCCGACCCGAUUCACAUUCUUGCCCAUGCUCCGCACUCAAAAGCUCCAUCAAUUCGAUGUGGUCUCAGAGAAAUCAAGAAACGUAUAGACACAGUGAAAAAUACCCAGAAAAUUACAGAGGCAAUGAAGCUUGUUGCUGCAGCUAAAGUUAGAAGGGCCCAAGAAGCUGUUAUUAAUGGUAGGCCUUUUUCUGAAACCCUAGCUCAAGUUUUAUAUGAUAUCAAUGAACAAGCACAGUUAGAAGAUGUUGAUGUUCCUUUAACUAAUGUUAGGCCUGUUAAGAAAGUUGCCCUUGUUGUUGUUUCGGGUGAUCGGGGUUUAUGUGGAGGGUUUAAUAAUGGCGUUUUUAGGAAAGCUGAGACGAGGAUCGCGGAACUUAAGAAUUUUGGUUUGGAGUGUAGUUUGAUUAGUGUUGGGAAAAAGGGUAAUUUGUAUUUUGGUAGGAGGGAUUGUGAGGUUUUGGAUAGGUGCAUUGUGGGUAGUGGUGGUUUCCCGAAUGUGAAAGAUGCUCAAGUUAUUGCUGAUGAGGUUUUUUCGUUGUUUGUUAGUGAAGAAGUUGAUAAAGUUGAGAUUUUGUACACCAAGUUCGUGUCUUUGAUUAAGUCAAGUCCAGUGAUUCAGACAUUGCUUCCGAUAUCAGCGAAAGGAGAUGUUUGUGAUGCUAAUGGGAUUUGUGUUGAUGCGAGUGAAGAUGAGUUUUUCAGGUUGACGACGAAAGAAGGGAAAUUGACCGUAGAGCGGGAUAGGUUGGGAGUUAGUGGCACGGGGUUAUUGCCUAAUAUGCAAUUCGAGCAAGAUCCGGUUCAGAUUCUUGACGCUAUGAUGCCUCUUUAUCUAAAUAGUCAGAUUUUGAAGGCAUUGCAGGAGUCAUUGGCCAGUGAGCUUGCUGCAAGGAUGAAUGCAAUGAGUAACGCAACCGAAAAUGCAAUUGAGUUGAAAAAAGAGCUUUCAAAUAAAUAUAAUAGGGAACGGCAGGCUAAGAUUACCAAUGAAAUAUUGGAAAUUGUUGCUGGAGCAGAGGCAAUGUUGUAGUUUCAUAUAUUCAGUUCUUCCAUAUAUCCUUCUUUUCAGUUUGCUAUAAGCUGGCUGCUAUUCUUAGCUCAUCUAGAGCAUUUUGCAAAUGGAUUAUUUAGCAGAAGGAAUUAUGUUGUUUAUCUAUAUGAAAUUAUUAGAAGAAAGGGAUCAGAUGAUAGGUAUACAAGAUUCCAUACUUUGUUUUCCCAAUGUUUGUGGCUUAUUAAGCAUUCUUCCAAUAUUUGGACUUUGGGUUUUAUCUUUAAUUGAAAAUAAUUUUAUUGGGAA